AUGGGACUGAGUUCUACUACAGAUGACAGUACCGACUUGAAAUUGGAUGAAACAUCUCUCGAAGUUAGUCAUGAAAUCAAGUACAAAGGGGUCAAAGUCAUGCCUUUUAUUAUAGGGAAUGAAAUGUUUGAUAAGCUGGGAGGAUUUGGAAUCGGAGCAAAUCUGUUGGUGUAUCUGACCACUGUCUUCAACAUGAAGCCCAUUACUGCAACCAAUCUCCUCAAUAUCUUCAGUGGUACCGGCAAUUUGGGAACCUUGGUCGGAGCAUUCUUGUCCGAUACUUAUUUUGGUCGAUACAAGACUCUCGCCUUCGCUUCUAUAUGCUAUUUCUUGGGAAUGCUGGUGCUAACACUAACAGCAUUGAUCCCUAAUCUGCAUCCUCCUUCCUGCCAAAAAGGAAGCAGCAAAUGCGCCGAAGCAACAUCAGGCCAACUUACUAUUUUAUUAAGUGGAUUUGGAUUGCUGAUAAUAGGAGCUGGUGGCUUGCGACCAUGUAACAUUCCUUUUGGAGCAGAUCAAUUCAAUCCCAAUACCGAAUCAGGGAGAAAGGGAAUCAACAGUUUUUUCAGUUGGUAUUAUUUCACCACCACAUUUGCUGUGAUGGUAUCAUUCACAGUCUUGGUCUACGUCCAAAACAGUGUCAACUGGGCUCUGGGGUUUGCGAUUCCUACAUUUCUCAUGUUUAUAUCAUGCCUUUUCUUCUUCGUGGGCACAAGAAUGUAUGUGAUGAUAACGCCACAAGGCAGUCCCUUGACAAGUAUGGCUCAGGUGAUGGUGGCUGCAAUUAAAAAGAGGCAUAUGCAUUUACCAGAUCAUCCAUGGGAUUCUCUAUUUGCUUACAUUUCCUCCAAUUCAAUUAACUCGAAGCUUCCUUACACAGAUCAGUUCAGGUUCCUCACUAAAGCAGCAAUCAUAACUCCAGGAGACCGUAUGAACCUAGAUGGCUCAGCUUCCAAUCCAUGGAGACUUUGCAGCAUCCAGCAGGUGGAAGAAUUGAAAUGUGUGGUUAGAAUAAUUCCUAUAUGGUUUGCAGGUGCUAUGUACUUUGUGGCUCUGAAGCAGAUACAUACCUACGUCGUUUUCCAGGCCAUCCAAUCUGAUAGACGAAUAGGAAUUGGAAACGUUAAAAUCCCGCCAGCAUCUUUCAUAAUCUUUUCCUUGCUAGGCUUUUCAAUAUGCACAGCUAUCUAUGAUACAGUCAUGGUUCCGCUACUUCGAAGGAUCACCAACAGAGAAGAAGGCAUCACAGUCCUGAAAAAGAUUGGUGUUGGCAUGGUUAUUGCUCCAAUCGCUUUGAUACUAUCUGGAGUAGUGGAAUACAAGAGGAGAACAAUGGCUCUUUCUAUGCCAUUCGUAGGAACAGCACCAAGCGAAGGUGGCAUUUCUCCGAUGAAUGCUCGUUGGUUGAUUCCUCAGUUGGCAUUAAUUGGGGUUUCAGAAUCAUUUGCCAUUAUUGGUCAAGUUGCAUUUUUCUACAAGGAGUUCCCUGAGAGCAUGAGAAGUUUUGGAGGGUCCUUCUUGUCUUGUGGUGCUGCAAUGACUGAUUAUAUGGGCAGCUCCUUGAUUUCGGUCAUCAAUAGGGUAACCAGAGACGCAUCAGGACGUAGUUGGUUGGAUCAAGACCUCAACAAGGGAAGAUUGGAUUAUUUUUAUUACCUGGUUGCUGCUUUGGGGAUCAUAAACCUAGGAUAUUUUCUCGUUUCUGCAAAGUGGUACAAGUACAUAGGAACACAGGGCAAGGACAUCCCAGUUGCUGCUCCCAUGGAUGAAAUAAAUUCAAAACACCAUCCUGUUUGA